AUGAAAUGCUUUCCGGGGCUUGAGAUGCUUGGUAUCGGAUGCUCUCCGAUGCUAAGAAAGAAAAAGUGGCCUUUUCCCCUUGCAAUUACCCGACGAGCGGUUAAUUGUGACCGUUCUCAAUGUCUAGGGUACAUAAUACAAAUGUCAACGGACUCGUUUCCACUGGUGGAAUUUCCACCAAUAACAUUUCGUUGUGAUCGAUCGUUUAUUUAUAUGAUUCGAGAACAUAGCUCUUCAAUUACAUUAUUUCAAGGACGAUUUAUUAAACCGUAG